UCUAGCUGUGGCCAGUGGUCACCGGACAAGUUGAAAAAUUAACGCAUUAAACCGAUGGUUGUGGUCGCGGGCAGGUUAAUAACUCGACCGCCGGGAAACUUGCAUAACAAAGAUGGGUCUUCGCUCGGCCGUAGUAACUGUAGCCAUUCUCCUAUUGGUCCAUUCAAACGUAGACGCCUUGACCAGGCCCUCGUCAAUCCGCCUGGAAAACAACGGCUACACGGGUAUCGUGGUUGCCAUUCACAACAAUGUUCCGGAAAAUGAUGAACUAAUUGAGCGUAUUAAGUACAUGUUCACCGAGGGAUCAAAGUACCUCUACGAAGCUACCCGGAAACGCGCCUACUUUGAUAAAGUCACCAUCCUGGUGCCCAAAACAUGGACGCCUAAGCCGGAGUACCAGUUGCCUGGCAACGUGACGUUCGACUACGCCGACGUCAUCGUGGCCCCGCCCAAUCCGCGCUGGGCACCGCUGCAGUACACGAAGCAGUACCAGGGAUGCGGCGAGCAAGGCAUCCAUAUACAUUUCUUGGAGUCAUUCUUAUCUGAUCCCAAUACGGAACUGUACUACGGCCCUCUUGGGCGCAUGCUCGUGCACGAGUGGGGUCAUCUUCGCUGGGGGUUAUUCGACGAGUACCCGGAUGCUGUAGGCGAUCCCGACAACUACCAGGAGUUCUACUUCUCACCAAUCACCAAUCAGUUUGAAGGAGUCAGGUGUUCCUAUGACUACAAGGCCGUCCCCCUGAUUUUCUUCCCCGACAACUUGUUCUACCGGGAAUGCAACGGCGGCCCGGACGUUGGAUACGAGGAUGGUUGCGUGUAUUACGUAAUAGUGAAUCAGGAUGACGUCACAUCGUCCAUUAUGUACGGCACCUAUCCUCUAGAACUAAUCGCCAAUUUUUGUGACGACGAUGAAACCAAUGAGUCAAACCUGCACAACCGAGAGGCGCCAAACAAACACAAUCGCCUUUGCGGACGUCGGAGUAAUUGGGAGGUCCUACGAGAUCACGUGGACUUCCAAGGAGAUAAAAACCCACCCCGCAACAUGACUGAAGAGGAGCUGGUACCUGAGUUUACCAUUGUCCAGCACAAAGACAUCCGCGUUGUUCUACUGAUGGAUACGUCUGGGAGCAUGACCACGGACAACCGUUUCAGCAAGAUGAUCAGCUCCUCCGCCAACUACAUCUCGUCCAUCGUAACGGAUGGCAGCUACAUCGGCAUCGUUGAGUUCAACUAUGUCGGCAUCAUACUCAAGAACCUGACGCUGGUUACCAGUGAUGACGACCGCCAGGCACUGCUGGAAUCUCUCCCGCCAGAUGCGGCUGGAAGCACGGCUAUUGGGGACGGGCUCUUAAAGUCAAUAGAGGUUUUAUCCUAUGGAGGGAGGAACCCAGCCGGCGGCAUCAUCUUACUCAUAUCGGACGGUGAUGAAAGGGAGGCGCCCUAUAUCGAUGACGUCAUCGAUGACGUCACUAGGUCAGGGGUCAUCGUGGACAGCCUGGCCUUCACACAGAACGCCGAUUCUAAGCUCUUUAAAUUGUCAGACGCUACUGGAGGCAAAUCUUUCUUUUACUCGAACGAGCCUGGCUCCAACACGCUCUACGAGGCGUUUGCUUCCACAAUGGAACGCGGUGACGUCAGAGAUGCCGACAAACGCGUACAGCUCUUCGGUACUUCCUGGACACUAGUCGCUAGCGAAACGCGAGAGGGCGGUAUCUUCAUGGACAACACACUCGGGCGCAAGACCGAGUUCGCAUUCUCAUGGACAACCACAGACCAGCUUGCCAUCGAGGUUACACUGACGGACCCCAAUGGUACCGUCAUCAACUCGACGUACGAUGGUUAUGGCGUGGACGUCACCUUCAGACUGCUCACCAUCAAACUCCCCGGCGUCGUGCAGCCUGGUGCCUGGGAGUUCGCUGUUCGGAACCUGGACGACUCCGACGACGAGGAGGUCAGCAUCACAAUAUCCUCGUACCCAGCAAGUGAUGACGUAGAGCCCAUCAUCGUGACGUCAGAGCUGAGCGGCUCCAUCACGGCCUUCGAGCGAGGCGAGCCUUUGGUGGCAUACGCCGAGCUCCGGCAGGGUUUCAGUCCCAUCAUCUACGCCAAUGUCUACGCCACGAUUGAAAGACCGGGAGGCUACGAUCCUGUGCAGUUGCAGCUGCUGGAUAACGGAGCAGGCGUGGAUGUGACCAAGAAUGACGGGGUCUACUCUCGAACCUUCACCGAUUUCACUGGCGUCGGUUUCUACGGCAUCAAGAUUGACGUGGACAACAACAACGGGAAUGCCGUGGUGGUGGACACUGCACCAUUCUCCAAGGCUCGACCCAUCAUCAGCCCAGAUAAAGUCUUCGAUCUACCCACUAUAGGUGGCUUCGAGAUUCCCCUGCCCGGUACACCUCCCGAGGAGCCCAAGGGCCGCUCCGCUCCUUACUUCAGCCGAGGCAUUUCCGGGGGUUCCAGCCGUGUUGAGAGCGAACCGCCGGGCUUCACCCCCGGAAGUGAUACCUUCCCACCAGGCACUGUGAUUGAUCUCCGGGUCAGCGCGUCCUCGUUCGAGAAUGCGACAGUGACGUUGGCCUGGACCGCGCCUGGUGACGACUUGGACAACGGAGCAGCUUCCCGUUACGAAAUCGUCAGGGCGACUUCAAUCCUAGCCUGGCAGAACGACUCAACCCCCGAGUCGCAUUACGUCAUCUCCGCUGAUGACAUCAUCCAGGGGAACCUCAGCGAACCUCAGGACUACGGCCAACGGGAAGUCUACGUGAUCCAGGUCCCCAUCGCAGAGAACGCUACCGUGGCUUCCUACGCGUUCGUGCUCCGCGCGUUCGACGACGCCGGUUUGGUGUCGCGGUUUUCCAACGCAGUGCAGGCCACGCUGCGCGAGUACGUCCCACCGUCCGGACCGUCCAAAGACCCAGAGAAGGAAGGGCUCACCGGAGGUCAGAUCGCUAUGAUUGUGUGCCUCACCGUUGGGGGCGUUCUACUCAUUGCUGUGUUGAUUGUCGUGGGAGUCAAGUGUGCGAAUUCCAAGGAAAAGAAGGUGGACAGUGGAAAGGAAAAGAAAGUGGGAGAGACUGUGGAAGAAGUUGAUGGACAUGCCAAUAACGCAUACACUGUCAGCCCUUGAGAAUCAAAUAAACAAUGACACUUGAGUUAACUGUGAUUAUUGAUUUAAUUAUUGUCAUUUAUCAUUUGCAAUACAUUUUUCUAUAGAAUUCCCUUUGGAGACAAUAAUAUUGUGCCUGCUAACGCGUAUAUUUUGCAAUAAUUCAAAUUACUCCAAAUAAUUCGUCAACUACACUAUUGGUUUGGAAGCCUGUAGAGGUAAAUACAAAAACCCAUUGCAGUGAUUUCUGGCAGGUUUCAAACCAUUAUCUGUACAUGUAUUAGUAUUAGUUGUAUUGGAACAUAAGUAAAUGUAUUAGUUUGUAUUAGAACAUAAUCUAAAAGCCCGGUAAUGGAAAAUAAUUGUAUACGUCAUUACUAACGUUCAUGACUUGAAUUUCAAGCAAAACUAUGGAUAGGCCUAUAUAAAGAAGCACAAGGCCACAUAUAAAAUUAUAGGGUGCGUUGGUUAACAUGCUUUAUCCGCAGUUGUUAACAUAGAAGAAUAAUAACAUAUCAGUUAAGUGUCCUGCCCUUUUUUGAUGGGAAAACGGAACCUAAAAGUUCCCCAACUUUGUGUCGUUAUGUUUGAGUAUUGACGAAAUGAAAUGUUCCCCUUGACACUUCUCUGCCUCCGCAAUAAAUCCGGUAUAAUGCUAAACUAUUGAUGCUAAACUAUUUCAAAUUAAUUGUGUACAUUAAGAUAGUUUUGUGAAUAGAAUUAUACCUUUUUGAAGUAUUUAUGAGCAAUAAACCCCAAUUCACAGACAAGAUAAACA